UCCACUGAGGUGAGCUGCUCACCCAACAUCAUAUUUUUUUCUCAGGGCUGCCUGCUUCCAAUGACUGAUCAACAUGGGAGUGUAAAGGCCCAGCUCUCCAGCCCCUACUCAGGACAACUCUGAAGGGUCUUCUCACCUUCAAAGCUCAAUGUCUCCUCUGUCCAAUCCUGCUUCCUCCUCCUUCUAUUCCACACACUAAUCUCCAUCUCGGAGUUUGGUGCUGUUAUGGGCUGAAUUGUGUCCACCCAAAAUAUGUGUUGUAAGUGCUGACAUUGACAGGGAACUGCCAGAAAUUCAAGCCAGAUUGAGAAAAGAACAUGGAACGAGGGAUGUCAUUACUGAUGUCAGAUGGAUCUUGGCUGAAGGCAGAGAAUACCAGAAAGAUGUUUACCUGUGUUUUAUUGACUAUACAAAGGCAUUUGACUGUAUGGGUUGUAACAAAUUAUGGAUAACAUGGGGAAGAACGGGAAUCUCAGAACACUUAAUCGUGCUCAUGAGGAUCCCAUACAUAGGCCGGAGAAGAACUGACACCUUCAAACUGUGGUGUUGGUGAAGAAUAUUGAAUAUACCACGGACUGAUGAAAGAACAAACAAACCUGUCUUGGAAGAAGUAGAACCAGGAUGUUCCUUAGAAGCAACGACGGCAAGACUAUGUCUCACAGACUUUGGGCAUAUUAUCAGGAGGGAUCAGUCCCUGGAGAAGGAAAACAUGCUUGGUAAAGUAGAGGGUCAGUGAAAAAGAGGAAAACCUUCAAUGAGAUGGAUUGACACAGUGGCUGCAACAAUGGGCUCAAACAUAGCAAAGAUUGUGAGGAUGGUGCCAGACCGGGCAGUGUUUCAUUCUGUUGUACAUAAGAUCGCUAUGAGUCAGAAUGACUGGAGGGCACCUAACGACAUGCCUGUGGUUAUAAUCCCGUUUGGUAAUGGGUUGUGUUUGUUAUGUUAACAAGACAGGAUUAGUGAAGGGUGUGUCUUGAGUCAAUCUCUUUUGAGGUAUAAAAGAGAUUAAACAAGCAAGGCAGAAGAAGAAAGGGGGGAAGAGAGAUGCCAAGGCACAUGAAAAUCACCCAGAAACUGAAGCUCAGAAGAGACAAGGGCCUUCCUCCAGAGCCUGGCGGGACGGGGGAGGGACAAUUCCCCCAGAGCUGGUGCCCUGAAUUCGGGCAUCUAGCCUCCCGAACAGUAAGAAAAUAAAUUUGUUUGUUAAAGCCCUCCACUGUGAUAUUUCUGUUAUAGUAGCACUAAAUAAUUAGGGCAGGUACCCGUGGUGCACUCCUCCUUUAGAGCUUAGCUCCCCAGAGAAAGAUGUGCCAGUCUGCUUUCAAAAGGUUUGCAGCUUUGGAAACCCUAUGGGGCAGUUCUACUCUGUCCUAUAGGGCCGCGUUGGAAUCAUUCCACAGCAACGUUGUUGUUGUUUUAAUAAAAAGAUGAGGAAACUGCCUCUCAGACAGCUGAAGUGACUUGUGCAGUCUCAGCACUAGUUAAUAAGCCAACACUGGAAACUCAGGUUUCCUGAUUUCAGUGUAAGGCUCUCUCUUCGACCUCACAGCCUCUGGAGAUCAGCAUGAGGUUAUUCCACCAAGGUGUGGGUGGCUGUGGUGGAAGGAGGUAGAGCUGCUCAUCAGUGCCUUAAGGGGACAACCCUCAAAUACAACAGUCCAUGACGCCCUGACACUGUCAAGGCCGAGAGGGUGGAACUGCCAUUCUCCGCCUCUACCGACUUUUCCACAUCAAGGCUGCUACUGAAGUUCAGUUUUGGAAAGGUCGCGAACCGGGAAGAGAUUCUAAACAGCUGCUGAGAACCUGGUCUUGGAUUAUGCGGAUGCUGACUUAGCCUCCAGACAAAGCAGGUUUGAAAACCGGUUGGAUGUCCGGUAGGCGUAACUUAUUAUGAACGGGAUGACAGAGACAUGCCGCGACCCCCUAUUUCCUAACGCCAUCCAGGUUUCUUCCUGUCAGUCCUGUCCUUUCAGCCUUGAGGACGCUAUUUCAAAAUCUCUGAUCAGCAGGAAGGGGAAGUGCGCAAGCGCACUGUUGACAGCUCCCGCCACCUCCGGCUGGACCUUGUUACUUAGGAAACAGCCAAUCAGCGACCCGGGCAGUGACCAAUGGGAAGAGCGGAAUCGCCGAUCCGGCUAAUUUGAAAGCCCUGCGCCGGGCGGAGGUUGGCGCGGGUUUAGGAGGGCUGGGGCGCCGUCUCCUGUAGUCUAGGCCUCUUGUCCGCCCCCUGAGGGACCCGGGAGCGAUCGGCGACACCAGCUGCGAGGAACCGGCGCAGGGUGUUGCGAUGGUGAUGGCGGUGGAGGACAGCAUGGUUCAGGUGGUGGUGCGAGUACGACCCCCCACCCCACGGGAGUUGGAGUGUCAACGGCGGCCUGUGGUUCAGGUGGUGGAUGAUCGGGUGCUGGUGUUUGACCCUGAGGAACCUGAUGGAGGAUUCCCUGGCCUGAAAUGGAGCGGCACUCAAGAUGGCCCCAAGAAGAAGGGCAAAGACCUGAAGUUUGUCUUUGACCGGGUCUUUGGUGAGGUAGCCACCCAACAGGAUGUGUUCCAGUAUACCACCCACAGCAUCCUGGAUGGCUUCCUCCAGGGCUACAACUGCUCAGUGUUUGCCUAUGGAGCCACAGGGGCUGGGAAGACACACACCAUGCUGGGCAGAGAGGGGGACCCUGGCAUCAUGUACCUGACCACCAUGGAGCUGUAUAGGCGUCUCGAGGCCCACCAGGAGGAGAAGCGGUUUGAGGUGCUCAUCAGCUACCAGGAGGUGUACAAUGAGCAGAUCCAUGACCUCCUGGAGCCCAAGGGGCCCCUUGCCAUUCGUGAGGAUCCCGACAAGGGGGUGGUGGUGCAAGGCCUUUCCUUCCACCAGCCAACCUCAGCUGAGCAGCUGCUGGAGAUGCUGACCAGGGGGAACCAUAACCGUACGCAGCACCCCACUGAUGCCAAUGCGACUUCCUCCCGCUCCCAUGCCAUCUUCCAGAUCUUCGUGAAGCAGCAGGACCGGGUUCCAGGACUGACCCAGGCCUUUCAGGUAGCCAAGAUGAGCCUGAUCGACCUGGCUGGCUCAGAGCGGGCAUCCAGCACCCGCGCGAAGGGGGAGCGGCUGCGGGAAGGUGCCAACAUCAACCGCUCUCUGCUGGCGCUCAUCAAUGUCCUCAACGCCCUGGCCGAUGCAAAGGGCCGCAAGUCCCACGUGCCUUACCGGGACAGCAAGCUGACCCGCCUGCUCAAGGAUUCCAUUGGUGGCAACUGCCGCACAGUGAUGAUUGCUGCUGUCAGCCCCUCCAGCCUGGCCUACGAGGACACUUAUAAUACCCUCAAGUAUGCCGACCGGGCCAAGGAGAUCAAACUCUCGCUGAAGAGCAACGUGGUCAGCCUGGACUGCCACAUCAGCCAGUAUGCCACCAUCUGCCAACAGCUGCAGGCUGAGGUGGCCACCCUGAGGGAGAAGCUCCAGGUGUAUGAGGCGGCAGCCCGGGCCUCACAACUGGAGCCCCCACAAUCCCCCAAACUGGCCCUACCACAACCACACCUUUCUGGCUCCCCCUCACCAUCCCGCCUUCCCAGCCAGCCUUGUACUCCAGAGCUCCAUCCAGGAUCUGAAGUCCUUCAGGAGAAGAGCUUGCAAACAGUGUCCCAGGUAGAGAGGGCUGGGGAAGGGAAGUCCCCAGACCAGGAGCACCCCCCAGAGGACAAGGAUGAAGGCCCAGCCAAGGAGAUUCCAGUCCCGAUGCCAGAGCAGAGCCUCAGAAACCCAUUGCCAGGGUCCCCUGGCCUGCAUCUACAGCCCAAGCCAGGCGUGUGCAGGGACCAUUUUAAGCAACUGGCCCUAAAGGUGCUGUGCCUGGCCCAGCGGCAGUAUUCCCUUCUCCAAGCAGCCAGCCUCCUGACUCCGGACAUGAUUACAGAGUUUGAGGCCCUACAGCAGUUGGUGCUAGAGGGAAAAACUGAGCCUGGGGUGGAGGCUUCCAGGACUUCUGGCCUGGCCAGGGGGGCACCUCUGGCCCAGGAGCUGUGUUCAGAGUCAAAGUCUCUAGGGUACUCCGGCCCUGUGACCCGGACCAUGGCAAAGCAAUUAAGUGGCCUUAUGCCCACUCUGAGGAUCCCACCCGGACCUGACUGCACCCCAGCCCAAGCAUCUCAGAGGCCCCUGAGGAAGAAGAAGAAGAGGAGGAGACUGAGCCCCUCGGAGCCAGACAGCCCCCCAGCCCCGAAGCUGGGGACCAAGCGCCAGCGCCAGUCCUUCCUGCCCUGCCUGGGGAGGGGCUCUCUGCCUGAGGGCCAGCCUGCAUUCAGGCCGUGCACCCCCACAGGGGGAAGGACCUCGUCUCCCUGCCGUUCCCCUCGCUUCUGCCCAGCCACAGUCAUCAAAAGCCGGGUGCCCCUAGGCCUUUCUGCCCUGCAGAACUGCUCCACCCCUCUGGCUCUGCCAGCUCGGGACCUCAAUGCCACCUUUGAUCUCUCCGAGGAACCUCCCUCCAAGCUCAGUUUCCAGGAGCGCCUUGGCUGGGAGAAUGUCCCCCAGGAGCUGAACAGGCUGGACCAGCCCUUCAUCCCUAGUGGACCCAUGUUCCUGUUCACCAUGAAGGGCCCCAAGCCAACUUCUUCCCUCCCUGGAACCUCAGCCUGCAAGAAGAGGCGCAUUGGGAGCUCCUCAGUCUCCCGCUCCCUGGGAGUGACCCGGGGCCACAGCCGCAUCGCCCGCCUUCCCAGCAGCACCUUGAAAAGGCCAGCUGGGACACUUGCAAUUCCAGAGCAUCCCUUGAGUCCCCGCUGUCCUGGUGAUCAGAGGAGCCAGAAGGAACUAGUAGGGGCUGGGGGAGCCCUAUCAGCUGGAAGCUGCAUCACCAAGGUGUCCUGACCGCUGGGCCGCUCAGCUGGCUGUUCCCUCUUGGUUCCUGGAGCCACCUGCACCAGGAGCCCCAGCCUGCCUCCUUCAGAUGGUAGCAAUUAACGCAGCAACCACUUCCUUUAUUAACACCCCUCCCCUGGCCAUUCAUUCUGCUACUUACCCUCUUUAUUAAUCUCCUGUUAUACUCAGCUUCUCAGAGUGUAUGUAUUCAAUUGUGAGCAUUGCUAUUUUAAGAGGCGCUGCCAUCUUUCUCCCCUAGUCUAUAAUACCCUCUUCUGUGCAGGCCAGGGGCUUUUUUGGUUUUUGUCCCCUACCCCCAGGGUCUGACACAGGGCUGUGCCCAGUGGAGAAGGCAUGAGGAUGGGAGGUUGGGGAGUCCCAGCUCGGCUCUUUGCAGCUUCCUAGAGGGAGCAUCUUCAACCCCACUGCCCCCAAUCUGAAGCAGGAGCCCCAGCCCCAGGCCACAGUCCUAGUGAUGAUGCAGAUGAUGGUGGUGAUGUGAUUUCCAAACGAAGAUAGUUUUAUUGUUUUUAUUUUAUUAUUUCCUUCUGAUCUUUUAUUUCCAUGUGUGUUUGUAUGUGUGUUUAAAACCCGAUGCCGUCGAGAACUGCCCUCCAUGGGGUUUUCUUUGCUGUAAUCUUACAGAAGCAGAUCGCCAGGCCUUUAUACACACACACAUAUAAACAUACAUGUAUAUAUAAUAUAUAUAAUUAUAAUGAUUAAUAAUA